AUGGCUCGUGGGCCUGCCAGCUGUGGUCAAACCCUGCCAUUCACCCACAAUUAUUUGCUGCCAUCCUAUAAUCCUGUCAGUGUUCCUGCUGCUGUUCUCCUCCCCUGUGUCAGUGUUCUUGCUACGAUACCUGCUGGAGGCGGCCAGGAUGACGAUACCCGCACCACAGCCAUGAUACCUGCUGGAGGCGGCCAGGGUGACGAUACCCGCACCACAGCCAUGAUACCUGCUGGAGGCGGCCAGGGUGACGAUAUCCGCACCACAGCCAUGAUACCUGCUGGAGGCGGCCAAGGUGACAUUACCCGCACCACAGCCACGAUACCUGCUGGAGGCGGCCAAGGUGACAUUACCCGCACCACAGCCACGAUACCUGCUGGAGGCGACCAGGAUGACGAUACCCGCACCACAGCCACGAUACCUGCUGGAGGCGACCAGGAUGACGAUACCCGCACCACAGCCACGAUACCUGCCGGAGGCGGCCAGGGUGACGAUACCCGCACCACAGCCACGAUACCUGCUGGAGGCGACCAGGAUGACGAUACCCGCACCACAGCCAUGAUACCUGCUGGAGGCGGCCAGGGUGACGAUACCCGCACCACAGCUACGAUACCUCCUAUAGGCAGCCAGGGUGACGAUACCCGCACCACAGCCACGAUACCUGCUGGAGGCGGCCAGGGUGACGAUACCCGCACCACAGCCACGAUACCUCCUGGAGGCGGCCAGGGGGACGAUACCCGCACCACAGCCACGAUACCUGCUGGAGGCGGCCAGGGUGACGAUACCCGCACCACAGCCACGAUACCUGCUGGAGGCGGCCAGGGGGACGAUACCCGCACCACAGCCACGAUACCUGCUGGAGGCGGCCAGGGUGACGAUACCCGCACCACAGCCACGAUACCUGCUGGAGGCGGCCAGGGUGACGAUACCCGCACCACAGCCACGAUACCUCCUGGAGGCGGCCAGGGUGACGAUACCCGCACCACAGCCACGAUACCUGCUGGAGGCGGCCAGGGUGACGAUACCCGCACCACAGCCACGAUACCUGCUGGAGGCGGCCAGGGUGACGAUACCCGCACCACAGCCACGAUACCUGCUGGAGGCGGCCAGGGUGACGAUACCCGCACCACAGCCACGAUACCUGCUGGAGGCGGCCAGGGUGACGAUACCCGCACCACAGCCACGAUACCUGCUGGAGGCGGCCAGGGUGACGAUACCCGCACCACAGCCACGAUACCUGCUGGAGGCGGCCAGGGUGACGAUACCCGCACCACAGCCACGAUACCUGCUGGAGGCGGCCAGGGGGACGAUACCCGCACCACAGCCACGAUACCUGCUGGAGGCGGCCAGGGUGACGAUACCCGCACCACAGCCACGAUACCUGCUGGAGGCGGCCAGGGUGACGAUACCCGCACCACAGCCACGAUACCUGCUGGAGGCGGCCAGGGUGACGAUACCCGCACCACAGCCACGAUACCUGCUGGAGGCGGCCAGGAUGACAAUAUAAGUGUUCCUCCAGAGAUGAAGCAGCAAACUUUUGACUACAAAAUAUAA